CGCGUGAAAGAGGGUGAGAUUGAAAAGACUGUCAGAAUUUAGUGUCUUUUAUAAACUUUUAACCGUGUGGAACAAGCCUCCUUGGGGACAGUGAGAGUAAGAAAGAAAAGACCGUGCCCCUGUCUACCAUUCCAGAAAUUUUCACAUUUUUAGAUUUUUUUCGUAGAAAGUGAGAAACUGACCAAUAAAUUGACCAAUCAGAAUGGCAAGUCUUGAAGAACGCAGAGAAGCCAGACGUCGACGUCGAGCAGGAGGAGACGACGAAUCUUCGUCAUAUAGCAGUCGUUCAGGACGAUCGACGGAAAACGCGGAAAAUGGCGAAGGCGAAAGUGAUCUUGAACGGAGGCGAAGAGAGCGAAGGGAAGCGAGAUUGAGAGAGUCAGCAGAAACUCCAGCUGACGAGGAAACGACCAGUCGUCGAAGUCGUCGAAGAGAAUCGAACGAACCAUCAGAGGAAGAAUCAGCAAGCUCGCGGCGCCGUCGCGCUAAGGAACAGGAGGAAGAAGCUGAGGCAGAAUCUGCACCUGCUGAAGAAGAAGAACAACCUGCUGAAGAGGAGGACAAUACAGCAGCUCAAGAAGCAGCUGAACGUCGACGUCGACAAGAGGAAGAAGAAGAAGAACGUAAUCGACAAGAAGCCGCAGAACGUAAACGACAGGAAGCAGAACGUAUACGUCAAAAACAAGAAAAACAAGAAGAAGAGGAAGAAAGACGCAGACAGGAAGAAGAAGCGAGAAUGGAGGAAGAUAGACUUGAAGAAGAAAGACAAGAGAAGGAAGAGGCGAGACGUAGAAAAGAAGAAGACAUGAAGAAAAAAGGAAAGAGAAAGGGAUUGGGAGGUUUGUCCCCAGAGAAGAAGAAGAUGCUAAAGAAACUCAUCAUGCAAAAGGCAGCAGAGGAUCUUCGUAAUGAAGCCAAGAAAAGGGCAGAAGAGAAGGAUACUUAUAUUAAUGAACGUGUUGAACCCCUUAGUAUCGAUGGUCUUAGUCAAAGAGAUUUGAGAUUAUUAGUACAGAAGCUACAGAAACAUUAUGAAAAACUAGAGGAAGAAGUAUACGAUUGGGAAAUCAAAAUACGAGAAAAAGAAACUGAGAUAAAUGACUUAACAGUAAAAGUUAAUGAUACUAAAGGCAAAUUUAUGAAACCAGUUCUACGAAAGGUCAAUAAAACCGAGAGCAAAUUCGCCAAAUUGGAAAGGAAAGAACAUCGUGACUUCCGUGGUAACCUUAAAUCUACUGGUCAGAAUAAAUAUAAAUUAGAAGAGGAAGAAACGAGCAAAACUCCCGACUGGCGUCAAACCCUUAAAGGUAAAGAAGAAGGGGAAGAAUCUGUGCCGGCUGAGAGUUGAAGAAUGAAUAGUUCCGAUCCUUUGUAAAACCCUUUAAUAUAUCAACAAAAAAGACUUGCCAUAUUUUUUAAUCAUUCUCUUAACCUUGGGGUUACCGGUAAACUAGCUAACAGAAUAAGAUAUUAUGAAUGUGUAUAGAAUCGAGAUACAAAUCCUUAAUAUUAUAUAACAUUUGUCUCGUGUAAUCAUGGCCCCUAAAACUAGCAUCUUAAAAUACAUUCUGAUCUUUAAAUGUGACAUUAAUUUAGUAACCAUAGUGACAAGAAUAAUCAUAACAAUAGUAGCCAUAGCAACGAUAACGUCUCGCCUGAUUUCGAUCCGAUUCUUUCUUCAAAUUAUGGUAGUAGAGAUUGCCCAGUAAUUUCGUUUCUAUUGUCAAUUUAAAGUUUGUCAUGAACAUUAAAUAUGCGCAUAAUUAAAAUAAAUGUAAAUUGUUCCAUGAACAUUCAAUAUGUGCAUAAUUAAACAAAUUUCAGUUAUGCCAUAAACAUUAAAUAUACACAUAAUUGAAAUUUUGCAAUGAACAUAACAUAUGCACAUAAUUCAAAUAAAUUUAAAUUUAGCCAUAUGCGCAAAAUUAAGAGAAAUAUUUUAAGGUGCUACGGUAAUUUGUAUUUAUGUCAUGUCGUGAAAUAGUUAUAUGGGGGUACUGAAGAACUAUGUGGAUAGCUAGAUAACAGAAAACUUUUGUUUUUAUAAGCAGAGCUAAUUAAAAAUAAUUCUUUUCUUCAAAUAAAUUUAAUCUGAUUAAUAUAUUUCUUAUUUAUUUUAUUUAAUUUAAUUAAUUUAUUAUUUUUAGACUUUUUUGUCAAGUCCAAAAAAAAAAGAAAAUAACUUAUUUGAAUUGCAUUUCUGUACUCGAUGGUUAUUUGACUAGGUUAUAAAAUUGUCUUAAAUAAAAAUUAUUAUGUAAGUUUGUGUAAUUUUUGUUAAUUAUUUUAUCAGAAUUAUUAUAAUUUGAUUAACAUUACAUUUUGUAAAAGCUGUUUGGGUAAUUUCACCCAAAUAUUUCUGGAUAAUUGUUUUUGUUGAAAAUAAUUAGGAAAUUUUAUAACAAGUUUUCGUAAUGUUUUGUCUAUUUCUUUAAUAUUUCAGAUUUAGUCUUUUAUUAGAUUUGACUUGAGGUUGCUUGAUGUGUCGUUGUAAAAAUAUUUAAUCAAAAAAAUUACUGUAAUUAAAAAUAAUUAAUAUUUUUUAAACUUAGUGUUACAAAGAUAUUCAGUAUGAAAGAAAAUUUAAUCGUCCAAUAUUUGUGUGUACGUGUGGAUAUAGUAUUAUCUGGUCGUUUCACGUUGAAAAUCCACGUUAGAGACAUCGUUUUCGUGUCUUUGCCGUUAUGUUUUCAAUGUAAGAAUAAAGUCGGCUCCUCUUCAUAGAAAAGUUGUGAUUAAUGUAUAUAAAAAGGCAUCAAAUUGUAAUGAUGCAAUAAUGUUGUCUUAUAUAUUUCAAUUAUCUCCCUUUAUUUAGUAUAGGCUGCUUGAAGAUUGAUGUCGAAGUCAACUUUGCUUUUUAAUUUAAUUGGGUGCAUAAAAAGAAUUAAGCCAUGGUGCUGCAAUGAUAUUAGCCAUUGCAGAGAGGCAAAUGAUGAUUAACCACAAAGUUCUUCAAUUAUCUUGCAGUUGGCACUCAAACAACUUUUGGUCUCUUUUAAGGGAAGGUGUCUUCUGCUCAAAACUCAAUUAAAUCACUAACCAAAGUUGAUUUGCCAUGUAUAUAUGAAUUAUCUGCCCUUGGCGUAUUUAUUUUUAGAUGGUUUGAAUCAGGUUUUAAAAAUAUGACACAUGAAGUUGUUUAACAUGACGUAGAGACUUAUUUUAACCAGUCCCAUCGGCAUGUCACCCUGGUGUCACUGACUGACAUGUCAUGUCAUCCUGAUGUCACUAUUGUAAUAUUUUGUCACUUCAAUCCCUUAGGGUACUAGCAAUAAAGCUCUUGUGAUUAGAAAGGAUAAAAUAAAAUUUUAGAAAAAAAUACAAAAAAAA